CUAUAGGAACGAUUCAAUUGUUUGUUUGCACGUUACCAAGUAACUAUUGCCGCUGCGCAUGCGCUAACCAAGAGAGAGAGAAUACCAUUUUUGUUGUAGUGACAUAGUGAACGCUGUGAGUCUUUAACGUAUUUUGUUCCGAGGAAAUAAUCAAUCGCCAUUAGAAAAUGAAAAUCUAAACGACUCGAGGUGUGACAGCAAGAUUUAUUUGACAAUUUUCCCCGACAUAUCGUUAAUUUUGUAAAGCUAAAAGUAGCUUCCGAAGCGGUCGCAGCACGACAGACAGUCAGGAGUAUUCCACAGAAACCAUGUAGACUUGCCACAAGUAUUUCGGAAGUAAAUCGAAAGUGUUUUUUUGUUCAACUCUGAAGAAAAGAUGGGGAAUGCGUCUUCGAUUGAUGCAUCGACAGUUAUAUACCUAGAAUUAAAUGGAAAACAAGAAAAGAUUGUAUUCAGCAAGCAUUGUAGUGCACGCGACAUUCAUGAGCUGGUCGCCCAAGCAUCAGGAUGCAGCAAGUACUGUGUGAUAACCCUCCGGGAUGCAAGUGGCGCCCACGUGUCAAUGUCGCCCACCAUGCCAUGCAACGCACCGGGAAGUCCAUAUAAAGUGCAAAUUACCCAACCCAACUCCAAUAAUGGUGAUAGUGAAAUCCUGACGCAGCUUAUGACCCACGUGGCAGACCAGUUCAAUAAAGCCUUCAAGGUGGAGGAAAUGAAGUCAGAAAUAUCCAGUCGGCUAACGGCAUUGGAAAGAAAACUUGAAAUAGAAGGACUCAAAGCUGUUGAAAUAGAGAAAUGCAAAAAAGACAUUUCUGAAAUCAAGGAUCAGAUUUGGACGGCUCAAAAGAAAUACGUUGACUUCAACCGAAUGAGACCUGCAUUGUAUGGUAGUAAUUCAAUCGAUGCUUUUUAUAGUUCAAUGAGCGAUGAAAGAAAGAUCUGUCUGAAGCGGGAUAUUCCCGCCUAUCCUAAGUACACAUUGUCUCAGGAAACUAUCGACUAUCUCAAACAGCCAACCUUCGAUAUCUGGCACUGGGAACCGAACGAGAUGUUAAGCCUUUUAGAGCACAUGUUCCAUGAAUUAAAACUGGUGAAGGAGUUUAACAUCAACCCAAUCACUCUAAAAAGAUGGCUGCUUUGUGUGCAAGAGAACUACAGGAACAACCCGUUUCACAACUUCCGACACUGCUUCUGUGUGACCCAGAUGAUGUACGGGAUGAUCCAUCUGUGUAACCUGCAGAAGCACGUGAGCAUCGAGGAGAUCGGCAUCCUCAUUGUGGCCAGCAUAUGUCACGAUUUGGACCACCCGGGCUACAAUAAUACGUACCAGAUCAAUGCGCGGACAGAGCUGGCAAUCCGUUACAACGACAUAUCACCCCUGGAGAACCACCACUGCGCCGUGGCGUUCCAGAUAGCCUCGAAUCCGGAGACAAAUAUUUUCUCCAACGUCGACAAAGAGUCGUUCAAGAGAAUACGAGCGGGCAUCACACAACUUAUUUUAGCCACGGAUAUGGCGCGCCAUAGUGAAAUAAUCGAAACGUUUAAAUCUAAACUGGAUGGCAAGUUUGACUUCAAAAAUAAGGAAAACAUCGAUACACUGAAGAUGGUGUUGAUCAAAUGUUGCGACAUAUCCAACGAAGUGCGACCAAUGGAGGUAUCAGAACCCUGGGUGGACUGCUUGCUCGAAGAAUAUUUCAAUCAGAGUGACCGUGAGAAGUCGGAGGGCCUUCCUGUGGCCCCGUUCAUGGACCGGGACAAGGUCACCAAACCCUCCGCCCAGAUUGGUUUCAUCAAAUUUGUCCUCAUACCGAUGUUCGAAACUGUGGCUAGGUUGUUUCCUCAAAUUGAGGAGCAGAUGGUGAUACCCCUGAAGGGGUCGAGGGACCGGUAUGAGGGCAUGAAGGAGCAGGCACAACCAAACAAACCGAAAGAGGAGACAAAGAAAGAGUGAUAUGGAAAACAAGGGAAACAACUCGUUCAAGCUUCUCUCUCCACCCGUCCUUGUGUUAUGUCCCUUGAUCGUUUGUGUUGCGUCUAAAUAAAUAGCUUGGUCAGACUGGAGACACAGUCAACAUUAGUUUUGUGAUGGUCACAAAUGUUAGCACUCUUUCAAAUAAUGCGACUGAGCAAUAAUUGAGCCAAUAAUCAUAAUAAGUUGCCAUUUUAUUUGAUCAUUCAUAGAAAAGCUGAAAGAAAAGGAAACCUCAAAGGGAAAGGUUCACGAAGGAUUAUAUUCACACAACAAUAAACUCAGUUUGGGUGCUCGAAUUGCAUGUAUUAUAACAUACAAUGAAUAAGGAUAAAGUAGAAAUGAUAACACUUUAAUUAUUAAUUCAGUUUUUUCAUGUGUUCCUCUAAGAAUUAUUUUGAAAUGUCAUCUUCUCAAUUUUAAUUAUUUUAAUUAUUUUUUGUUAAUUUUUAAACAGUAUCAAAGGACUGAAUGGUCAUAUUUUAGUUAUUUAGCUUUGUGACGGAGACCUUUGGUUAUUCUGUUCGCAUUUGCAUUUGCAUUUUGAAAAGUUUACUUCCUCAUAGGGUUCAAACACCGAAAAAGAUUUUUUGAAUAUGCGGGACAAAACAUAUGGCCUACGUGAACCAGCUCCAGUUUACGUUCACAUACUAAUUGCAUUUAUCAAGGUUAUAAAUAUGAUUACUAAUAUCGCAUUAUAUCUAUUCAAGAGAUUCACGUCAACUAAGGUGCUUUGAUACAUGCGAGUGUAAUGGAUGAAGGGAAUCAUUUAUGUUUUAUGAUGAAGGCAAUUGUAUGUUAUGUUUUUGAAAGGGGGAAGUUACACAUUCUUUUUAAGGGAGUACGUAGUUUCAAAUACCAAAUAAAAUGGUAUCUAAUGUUUUUGGAGUAAAACAUGGUAUUUAAUGUUAUGGGUUGAAGAAAAAGAUAUAUUUUUAGAUGAAAAAACGUUUUUGAUAUUUUGGGAUGAGGGAAAUGAUACCUUAUGUGUUUGUGAUCACUUUUCAUGUAUAUAAUUAUGUUCCCCUGUUAAAAGAUGUGUAAUGAAACGUGUUUUAUGGCAAUUGUGGAAAUACUUGUCUGACUAAGUUUUAUAUUUUCUAUAAAGAUCUAUAAAAAAUGUAAACUUUAUCAAUCGCUUUUAACAUUAAAGAUCACCCAUUUAAUCAUUUAUUUAUAUGUUAACUUUCAUUGCAUCAUUUGAGAUAUAAUUUUUUAAUGCAACGAUGUUGGGAAGGAUUUUUGGUGAUUGGCCAAAAAAUGAAGAAGAUAUAUAUGAUAAGCGUUUAUUUCAGUGUAAGAUCGCAAUAUAUUUCACCGAGUAAGCACCAUACGUUAUAUUCACUGAAAUAUUCACUUUUGGUGGUCACGAGGUGAAAUAUAUUGCAGUCUUACGCUGAAACAAACCAUUUUUCUAUUUGUAAACUUGUGUCUUCAUAUCAUUUUUACAGUCAACCCAUCGCCAUUUUUUUCUGGGUACGUUCACCUUUCUUUCUGUUUUUCGAUUAUCAUCGCCAUUCUUAUUGUGCAGCUCUUAUAAAAACUGCAAAACGAAUUGAGAAAGGUGAAUGUUCGACGAUAUGUUUUUUCUCAGUUCACGAUACGAGCCCUCUACUCUCAGUAUGUUUUCAAUUUAAAUCUAUGUAACUCAAUUCAUUUCAAUAAUUAUUAUUACAUUGUUAUGUUUUUUUCAUUGUUAUUCCUUGUUACUAGACCUUUUAACUCGUUACAUACGAGAAGUACAGUGCACAGUGUACCUUUCAUUUAUUGACACAUCCUAUGCAUGACCAGGGGCGUAUCUGAAGCAUUUUGAAUUGUACGCCCGUUUACUUUAGAGCGGUGAAAAAAGUAAAGGUAUUUCUAUAUUUUGGUCCCAAAAUGAUAUAUGGGGUUGGAGCGGGACCGAUAUCCCAUGACGUGGGACUUUUUAACUGGCCAUUUCGCGGGAACCUUAAUUCAUUUGUACGCCUGGGCAUUCUGGAGCAGGCCUCAGUACGCCCCUGAUGACUUAUAAUUUUGUAAACAUAUUUAGUUUUCUAGUUUCUAAGUUGCUAAUUCAGGUCUAUAUCGUUGUUAGAUUGUCGGCUGCAAGCCGGCAGUCUUUAUUACAUUUGUUUAAUGGCUAUUACAAACAGGAACCCUUUAUUUUGCACAUCGGGGCAGUUUUAUCAAACGUCGUUCCGUACGAUCAGCGUUUUAUCGUACUGGUAGCUUACCGCAAUCUUCAACUUCAAUACCAUUCGGAACUCCUCGGCCAUUUUUAUCGAAAACAACCUCCGAUGUAUGCCGGUACAUUAGUAGAAGUAGUUCGUAAAUAUUUGAAUUAUAUCAUUAAUUAAAUGUAGCGUUUUAGCUUGUAUUUAUUGAUCUUAGUUUAAAUUGAUUGCCAGUGAAGUAUAAUAUUGCAAACAUAAUUAAGAUUCCCAAGAGUUAAGUACUACUGCUAAAUUAAAUUACUACACGAUCUACUUGCAGCGGACUUAAACAUACCGAUUUCUGAGUAUGUAAACCGUCCAUAUACAUCCGAGGUUGUUAUCAAUAAAAAUGGCCGAGAAGUUCCGAAUGCUUCAAUUCUUGAUCAUCCAGCCCCAAUUUCUCUAAAUUUCUAAAGUCCCUUAUAACAGGAUUAGGCUUAACUCACUAUAUUUGGUUUUCAAUAAUUUGCGUAAUAAUUACUUCCUUAAGAUUAAUUAUACAAAGAUAGGCAAUACCUUUAUGAAUAUCACAAUAAACCAUUUAUUAUUGAUCAAAAUUCGAUUUAAGCAUGUAUGUUGGCUAAUUGAGUUAAGCUACUCAAGCCUGUUAGCCUUACGAAAUUUCGAGAAAUUUGGGCCUGAUAUUUGAUAUUUCGUUUGUUGAUGAGACGAAGGCCCAUGAUUGGCAUCGUCAUAUUUGACUAAGUAAGAGUCUUUUCGUUAAAUAAACUUGCUUUAUUGCGAUUUAUUUCGAAAAUACGUUUUUUUUGUUCGAAGAAAACAUAACUGACCUAAAUUCGCCAGACAAAAUGUGCAUUUGUAAUUGAAAACUGUUUACUGGUAUAUGUUACUAGUUGUUAUAGUAGUUACAUGCUGACAUUGUUAGCAGAUGAAAUAACGAUUUUAAUUUUGUGAUUUUUUUCAUGAUAUUAUUUUUUUCUUUUUGUUGUUUGGUAAACGUCGAAAAUAAACUGUUUGACUGUUU